GCUAGAACACGUACUUGUUCGGCUCUAUGUAGUCGGUCUAUGCCAGUGAUGAGUCACUAGUCACUCUUUAACGGCACGAUUUAUAAUGUGCAUGAAAUAAUGCACUUCUAACCAGCCGCACCGUAUCAUAUUGUGAGCUCGAGGGACGUAUUAGAUACAACUCUAAGUUGGCAACUUGAAUCCAACCCAAAUUGGUCCAUCGUAAUGGCGGAUGACCAGCAUUUACCUCCAGAUGCUAAGUCGACCCCAUACGAGUCCAUCGAUGAAGACGAAAUCAAGAAACGCAUUACCGAGGCAGAUGAAUUGAAGCAGGAGGGCAAUGAGUCAUUCCGAGCCAGUAGAUGGAAUGAAGCUCUCGUAUCAUACCGAACUGCUCUGAGUCGACUACCCAGACGAAAGCCUCAGCCUCCACCGGAUAGCUCACAGGACGAUACGUCCGAUCACGGUGGUGCCCCGUCGGCCAGUUCGAGCAAGGCACCGACGCAAGAGGAGGGGCCGGAGCCAGCCAACAUCUCAUCUGAGCUCGAGGCAGAGGGUGCAAAGGCUCGGGCAGUGUUGAACGCCAACAUUGGUGCAUGUCUGGUAAAACUUAGUGAUCACAACGGUGCAGUUGAAUCAUGCACCCAAUCAUUGCUCGAUGAUCCUCACUAUAUCAAGGCUUUGCAGCGGCGAGCGGCUUCUAACGAACACCUCGGCACAUGGUCGUCUUUGACACAAGCACAAGAAGAUUACAAGUCACUCCUAGAAUUGCUACCCCCUACGUCCCCUCAGAUAGCACAGACCAAGCGGAGCCUGCAGCUUCUUGAACCUCGCCAGCAAGCAGCUCAGAAGAAAGAAAUGGCCGAAAUGACAGGCAAACUGAAAAACCUCGGUAAUAGUAUACUGGGCAACUUCGGAUUGUCCACUGACAACUUCAAGUUUGAACCAAAUGGACAAGGCGGUUACUCGAUGAACUUUGUUCGGUAGUAUUGAUCUUGAAUUCCUUCAAACCGCAGCAUGUCACACUGUAUUGACAAUCACAUCGUCAACAUAUAAUGCCUGUCCAUUCUAGACUGAU